AUGUCACAUUUUUCCUAUCACACAAAUCGCAUUAUCAUCGUGCCCAGCCACUCAUCAGACAUGGCGCUCACUGCCUGCACCGUGACAUGGCCGGCGAUCGCUCCAACUGUUGCUGUCUCUGUCGCUCGGUCUGAUCGAUUGAGCAGUAGUCCCUUCAAGGGAAUGGUAAAACAAAACAACCUUUCCGUCAAAAGUCUGUCCAAGCUGGUCGCCGUCAGGGCUAGUGCCUCAACUGACAGUCACGACGCAGACACAGGAGCGACAGCUAACUUGAAGGAGUUUUUAAGCGAUUUGAAGAAUGUCGGCAGGGUCCGGCUGAUUGUUAACACUGGAUUGGGCGUUCUCGAAUCGGUCACAACCCUAGAUGGGCUUUUUUAUCACACUCUUCCAGGCAAAGGCGAGUAUGCCAAUGUCAUCAAGUCAGAGGAGAAUGUGGACUUCCACUUGCUGUUGAGCUCGGUUUCUGGGGCGAAGCUGAUUACAGGAAAGUCCAUGCGAGGAGACUUUCCCACUUACACUGUUCGUUUCUUGAACGCGGAGAAGGAAGUCGGAGCCAGUAUCUUCGUCAUGUGGAAACCAGGCACCAUGGGUGAUUACGACGAUGGCCAGGCUGAUGCCUACCAGUCACUUGUCAAGAAAUACGCGUCCACGACGUCCGGUGCCCUCCCGCGCAAGCUCCAGACGACUGUGAUUUACGUAGCUCCUUCGCAGAUGCCGGCAAUGAUGGAGCUGAAGGCGGCGCUGACGCCGUACAUCAACCUCACGUCGUGGACGGCGACGAACCCCUGCUCCUCGUGGUGGCUCAUCACGUGCUGGACCAACGGGCUCGUGCGCCGCAUGGACAUCAGCUCCAAGGCCAUCCAGGGCAACCUGCCAUCCGUCAUCGGCAACCUCACCAGCCUCGAUGAGUUUUUUGCCACCACAAAUUGGCUCAAGGGACCUCUCCCCGACUCGUUCAGUCGACUCACAGCCAUCAGGAACCUGCAGCUGUUCAAGAACUACUUCGAGGGUCCUAUCCUCGAUUCAUGGGGCAACAUGAAGAACCUCGUGCAGCUGCACCUUAACCUCAAUUACUUUUCCGGCGGGCUGCCCGACAGCUUCUCGCAGCUGACCAACAUGCAGAAAUUUUACGUGUCCAGCAACCUUCUCAACUCCUCCUUCCCCACAGUCGUCUGCACCAUGAAGAACCUGAGGGAGCUUCGCCUCAGCUACAACCACUUCACUGGCUCCGUACCCUCGUGCCUCAGCCAACUGUCCUACCUCUACUAUCUCUACAUCGACACCAACAAGCUCACAGGCAGUCUCCCGGCCACCAUUGGCAACCUGCCUGCCCUGCAGAACUUGUUCAUCAAUCAGAACAGUCUCAGCGGCCCUCUGCCUCCCACCAUCACCAAGCUCACCAACCUGCGCAUCCUCUUCAUGAGCAGCAACCCCUAUCUGGACGGCCCUCUGCCGUCAGACCUCGGCAACAUGGCCAGCCUCACAGACUUUGUGAUGGAGUUUGCAGCCUUCAAUGGCACCAUGCCUGAUUCCAUCACCAAGCUCACUCGCCUCUCCCGCAUUCUGAUGGACAACUGUCGCUUCACCGGGUCCAUCCCACAGGGCAUCAGCAAUCUCAAGGCGCUUACCGUGCUGUAUCUGGAAGGCAACCGUUUCCACGGCAGCUUCCCUGCUGGCCUUCUCACUCUACCCAAACUCAACCUGCUCAACUUACAUGACAACCAGUUUUCCGGCCCACUCCCCUCGGGCUUCCUCAACUCCACCAUAGUAACCGCGGGGCAGAUCAACCUUCACCACAACUACUUCAACGGUCCGGCCACCGUCGUUGCCGGCGCCACUCCCUUCUGCCCCAAGGACCAGACUCGCAUCGGCGUCUUCUACCAGUCGUCCCUCGCAUACAACUGCAUCAAGUAUCCUGCCACCAGUGCAUGCGCACUUGUUCCUAGGAUUGAAACCCAGCUUUCGUCCACCACUUGCCAGGCGUUCUGUGGCGCUGACGUGGCGCCGUGUGGCGGGCAUGGCACGUGCUGGUUUGGGGUUGGCCGCAGCGUGUCGUGUGACUGUGAUCCGGGGUAUGUGCCCACCUUAGAUGGGCUGUCCUGUGUUGCGGACACCACUGGCGUGGUGGUCUAA